AUGAUCCCUACUCGCCGAAUUAAACUUGCUUUAUUCGCAGUUUUACUCGCUCUGUGCUUGUUUACACUUUCUGUCUACUUCUUCAAUGGAAACGAAUGGCUGCGGGCUUAUAAAGCUUCCUUAAGCAGCAACGAUGAUGGAAGAAUCGUGAAUGGCUUCUAUGUUGAGGAAGACAGUUCCUGGGGAAGCACUGGCACCAAUGAAGACACUACGGUUGUUAGUAUCACGCACAGCGAGCCUGGUAUGACAACGUACUAUCAACCAGUAUACCGGCCGGAUGAUACUCAAGAACCAAAGUCUCACGAAAUUGUCAUUCUGUUGGCAAGCAACGGCAAAACUUCCGAUAAGAAAGGUGGCCAAAAUGUAUUCUUGGAGUGUUUGAAAAACAGAAUCAUGUACGCCAAGGCUCACAAUUAUGCUUUCGAAUAUGUCAACGUGUCUACCUACGAUGUUCCUCCCGUUUGGGCGAAAAUGCCAGCUAUUCUUGCAACUAUGGACAAGUACCCUAAUGCGAAGUGGGUCUGGUGCCUCGACCAAGAUGCUCUUUUAAUGAAUCGCGGACUUUCCCUGCAGGACAACAUUCUCAACCCGAAGGUUCUGCUGAAGAGCCUUCUCACCAAUACUCCCUUCUCAAACGAUAUCGCAUCCCUUGGUACUCCGGAUAAGUACCGUAUGUCAGACUUGGAUAACAUUGGACUUAUCUUGUCUAAGGACCUGGAGGGGUUGAAUGCUGGAAGCUUUUUCGUUCGCGCUACACCGCUUAUGCGUAUGUUCCUAGACAUGUGGACAGAGCCCAGUUUUCGAACCAAUGAAGUUGUCAAAAAUGAACAAGAGCUCCUUGAGUAUUUUGCAAAGCAUCACCCAGAGUUAACUUCCCACGUUGGCUUGGUUUCGCCUAAAAAGAUCAACUCGUUUGAUGCUGCCGAGGAGUACAUUCGUUACACAGAAGGUGACUUGGUUAUUCACUUUGCCGGCUGUUGGGUUGAGAAUCGUUGCGAGGAACUUUGGAAUCGAUAUUAUGACAUGUCUCCCAAAGAUGACGAGGUUCAUCUCUAG